AUGGAAAUUGCACCAAAUAUUUAUAGAGGUGCUGAUUUGUUGAAAGUGAGGAAGGAACUUGAGUCACAAUUGAGACAAACAGAUUAUCGCACAUUCCGAAUAAAUACUCGUGUUUUACACAGCGAGUCAACACAAGAGGCACUCGACAAUAUCAGUAAAAGUUUAAGUGUUCCUAUUAUUAAUUGUGAAGAUGUUGUUUCAAAAAAUUCAACUGGUAUUGUGGACUCUGGAACUUUAUUAAAAACUCCUGCUAUUUCAAAUGAUAUUUCCGCUCAUCUAGCCAUUCAAACAAGAAAUGCGACACAUGUUGAUUAUUGCCAGGCUACAGAGAACGAAUCUCAGAAUACCAACAAUUCGACCAAAGAAGAAAUAAAAUUCACUGUGUUUGAGAUCGAACAAUUGGAAAAAAUGAAACACAUUAAAGAGCUCCUCAAACCAGAGAAUAAAUACUCCGCCGAGUAUAUCGCACAAGAAACCAACAAAGAAGUUCAAAGACGACUUGGUAAAAAUAGGCAGCUUUAUAACGAUGAUGGCUGCAUUGAUGAUGGGAACGUGUGGGUUGACAAAUAA